GUCCUUUCGCAGCGGCCAACGGUACCACAUGUGCCGCUAACUUCUACGCACAAAAUAAACAUCAACAACGCGAGGAAACUUAACGUGCAGUGUGAUACGAUGCUGAUCUGUGAAUUUUAAAAGACCAAGUGACAUAGACGAACAGAAGGAUCGAGUGUAUGUAGUGUUGAAUAGCGCCCGAAGAUGCCGAAAAUCUUCCUGAUCAAGAAGCGGCUGCAUGAGCAGCAACUGGGGUUGCAGGAGGGGCUGGAAUUGCUCGCUAGCAAGGCCGAUCCACUCUGCCCCGGCUCCCCGCUUGAUGAUGGCCCCAUUGCCCUCCUCUCCAAGAAGGAUAAGGAUUGUAUCGAACGAGAUGUGUUCGGUGAAAGCAAUGGAGCAAAAAGUGCAAGAGAUAAGCGUUCAAAAGAACCCAGAUUUGUAUCAUCGAUAUUGGGAGGUGAUGUCCCUUAUGGCAGUCACAGAGGACACGUUCUUACACAAGCAGAACGUAAACAAUACUUGCCUGUCUUAGCAAAAGAUAAGAAGAAGGAUGACAAACCUCUGAUAAAAGAAGAAAAGGAUACCCUAGAUAGUGAUCCAGUUGUGCUACCCUCCAGGAAUACUCCAUCCCCGGAAUCAGCACCUUCUCCUGGCAUUGAUAACAGUGUAACGUGCCAAAAAGUGUCAGUUAUACAAAGAACACCCUCACAAUCACAAUUCCGUGAUGGAAAGAAGGAAUUAUCUGAUGUUAGUAUUCCGCAAACAUUGCCCACACCUGAACCAGAACAAGACCAGCCCAUUGACUACGUUAUUGCAAAAAAACGUGGUGAAUCAGAAGACGAAGAAACUGAAAAGAAAAUAAGGGAACAAAGAAGAACGAGUAGCUCUAAAAUCGCGAAUGGAAUUUUGGCUAGGCCAUCUUUUGUCCUUCGCAAUUGCCCAGCGAGUAAGGUACCUGGUAUUAUCAAUGCUGCAGCAGGUCAUGGUCGAUCAACCGGUAACACUGGUUCAAGUGGUAGUUCACAAAGCAGCGGCGGAUCUGGCAGUUUCAGUUCUGGCGGUGGUGGAACAGCGCCCUCAUCAGGCGGUGGUGGAGCGAUAGGAGGUGGAUCUGGAAGCGGCGGAAAUGGCCGUGAUGGUCGCUCUAACUAUGGACCAAACAGCCCACCUACGGGCAGUCUUCCUCCCUUCUACGAAACAUUAGGACCAUCCACGAAAGGAGGUCAAAACUCAUUUAAUGCCAAUAGCAAUUUCUCUAAUGAAUUCAACAUAAUCAAUGGAUUCAAUAUGGAUUGUGAAAAUAACGACAAUGCUACGAACUUCCCAGAACAAAGUAAACAAUAUUCGUUAAUGCAAAAUGCUCACUAUGGAUUAGCACUAAAAGAUGAAGAAAUAGAUUAUGAAAGCAAAUUAGAAAAUAUUGGUGCUAUUGGCAAUUAUGGAAGCAAUUUUGAUGAGUCAAUGGUUGUUGAUAUGGGUGAAGACGUAAUAGACAACUAUCAAUUCGCUAAUACAUUGACAUUCCCUGGACCAAAUGAAGCAAUUUUAGGAAGUCUUUCCGAUUCGGCUGAAGACUUCGCUAGUUUACUAAACAACCACGUUGAAUCAAUCACAGAUUCUGAUAUAAGAGAAUCGUCAUCAAUAACGCCAGAUUCAGUACACAAUCCUGUUGAUAUUGAAUCAUUAGCAGAACAAGUUAAUUUAAGUAGACAAUACUAUGAAAAAGCCAACUAUUUAGCAUUCGCUAGCCAAGAAAACCAGGGUUCCUCUUACAAUUUCGCUAAGGACAGGCCAGAUUUAUUGAUGCAACUGAACCCAGCACUUUUACAACAUGGGGAAGGUCAAAUGCAACAAUUACAAAUCCACGUUCAACUGCAACAAAGACAACAAAUCCUGUCACCUGGCUUCCCCUUCACUAGUCACCCUUCUCUGGACCUGGACUCGCCGACCGGCACUUCGCUGCCGUCGCCUGGCGGGAACAACUCGCUGGAUGGAAGCAGUCACAUCGAGAACGCGUCCCUCAGUCCUGCAGCUGCUGUAAGUCUCAAGAAAGCCUCUGCCGGAGAUGGCAAAAUUCAAAUCUUGCAACAAAGGUUGGGUCUACCAGCAGAGCUCCCAUUGGAAUUCAUAAAUGGUGGACACGGUGUCAAAAAUCCUUUGGCGACAGAAGCCAAUGCAAGACAAAGGGAAGAAGAAAAGAACAAACAAGUAUUAGUCAGCGAAGACGAUCCAACCAAGUUCGUGUGCAGGGUGUGCUCAAAGAACUUCAGUUUACAGAGGCUUCUGAACCGACAUAUGAAAUGCCACUCAGACGUGAAAAGAUACUUGUGUACCUUCUGUGGCAAAGGCUUCAACGACACGUUCGAUCUGAAGAGACACACGCGGACGCACACCGGUGUCCGACCCUACAAAUGUAACCUCUGCGAGAAAUCAUUUACCCAAAGAUGCUCUCUGGAAUCCCACUGCUUGAAAGUACACGGAGUCCAACAUACUUAUGCAUACAAAGAAAGAAGGACUAAGAUGUACGUGUGUGAAGAAUGCGGACACACAACAUCUGAGCCGGAGGAACACUACAUGCAUCUAAAGAAACAGCACCCCUACUCGCCAGCGCUGCUCAAGUUCUACGACAAACGGCACUUCAAGUUCACUAACGCGACGUUCGCGAACCAGCUACUAGGACAGCUGCCAAUGCCAGUACACAACUAAAUAUACGUUAAUGAUAAUUUCAUAACUGUUAUAAUUAGUACUUGCAAUCAUUAAGGACACAUUUGUGCUAUUGAUCAAACUAUACAUGGACAUAAUGGGCAUUUCUCUUUUUACAAUGCAUAACUACUGCGUCCAGUACAUCAGAACAAUUUGUCUCUAAUGAAUACAAGUCUCAAACAACAGGUACCAAUUAAGGUAUCGGAUUUUUUCAACAACAUGGUCCAUCAAAUCUAAUGAAUAUGGCAUAAUUAAAUGUACUUAACAUUUUACGAAUUUAUUCCGUCCGUUUUUAAACGUUUACAAUGUUUAACUAAAAUCCCAGUUUUUAAUUUAUAGUUCAAUUGAGCCUGCACACUCGAAAUUUUUCUUAGUUAUGUAAUUGAUUUGUCUUCCAAACUACUAUUGUAGACAUUCCGUGUUUUAAGAAAAUACAGGUUAUUGUAUUUUACUACGGAACAGUAUCCAUGUUUUGUUCCAUUGAAAAAAUACCUUAAUUUUUUAACAGUCAACGUGAAAUAAUCCACUGGCCUAUAGAUAGGCAUGACUGCAAUUAAAAAAUCAAAGUAUCGGGUAUUAUGUGCAAUCUUUGGUGAUGGUACGGGAUUAGAUAUAAGUUUAAUAUUAAGUUAGGUUAAAAUAGGUUUAGUCCGAUUGUCUCAUAGAUAUCGAUUGUAAGUUUCAUUUCAAACCAGCCAGGGUAGACAGGCGAGAUUAUUGUGAUGACGAUGGAGAUAAGUGGAUGGUGCUAGAUAAGAUGUAAACGCCGCUGACUUGAAAUGAAACGAUUUAUGGAUCGGAUGACACUUCUUGUCCGACUCAUAAGCUAAUAUCAAAGCUUUUACGCUUUGGUAUAAAAUAAAUCCACGGUAAGGAAUCUCUUUCCUCGUUUUAGUGAUACUAGCUCCUAAUUAUUUCUCAAAUUAAUAACACAAAUUAUGUCACAAUUUUAAUUUGUAUUGUAACUAUAGAAAAAUGUUAUGUUUGUUUUUUGUUUUGUACUUUAAUAAAGUCCAAAUUUAUUAAAUUCGAUAGUGGCGCCCCGUAGCGGCGUCACAACAUGUCGUACCAAGUUGAACUGCAUUUCUAGAAGUAUUUAUAUUAUUUAAAUUAAAAUAAUGAUCGGUUACAGUUUGUGCUGUGAGUGUGUGUGAGAAUUAUGUAUUGUGUAAAUGUGUUAUUUAAUGCGUCAAUUGUUAUAAUUUUAAUAAGACAUCAAGGUCGCCUUGAUGAAGCGCUUCCGAGUUUUUUAAAGAGGGUAUAAAAGACUAUGAUGCUCAAUUGAUACAUUUGCGCUUUCACAGCGAAGCUUGUGGAUAAAUUAGGUACUUAAAGAUUUGUAAAUAUGUCUAAAUUUAGAAGAUAGUAGUAAAAUUUUGAGAAAUUAAUAAUACCUAAUUAUGUUAGUAGUACCUACUUAGCAUUUAUGAGAUUUUUUAAAAAGAUAAUUGUUAUUUUGUACAAUUUGGGAAGAUUGAAUAGAUCUGAAAUUUUAUAUUGGCUUAUCAUUGGUCGAUGCGUCGACGGCGGUCCGUAACAAUUGUGAUAGCGCAAUGCCUUCGUUAUACAUACUUGUCUGUUGCAUUUAUUAGCAUUUCGAUACAAUUUCAAACUGUAUUUUAGGAAACAAACAAUUUGUUACUCUGUAUUGAUAAGCAAUAUAUCAUCAAUAAAAA